GGUGGGUGGGUGAACAGGUGUAUGCGUGUGUGUGUGUUCAGUGCCAGUAUUUAAAGAGCAAGGACACAUUCCCUAACCUCAUGUUCUCUGUCAUCAUGGAGCUGAAAGUUGUGUUUUUGAUUGUCUGUCUGGCGGCUUUGGCCAUCUAUUCAACUGAAGCUGGCAUCCCAAAAUGCUGCAUCACAACAAAAAAGGUCGUCCCCGACUCAGUGCUGCUGAAGGUUCAAAGGAUGAGCGUGCAGCAAAGCAACGGCGCCUGUGACAUCCCUGCACUGAUACUGUAUGUAAAGGACGCAAGGAAGGCCAUAUGCGCUCAUCCCAAAGUGAAGAAAAGGCUGAGAGCGCUGCAGUGGAUGAUACAGAACGAGAAGAAAGCGUAGAGACCUGGAAUGAAACAUUACACGAAAUUUGUCUGUGUGUUGUUUUUUCUACUGUCGGUGUUUCAAGAGCUUACGUUGUACAGAAACCUCUUAUGGUUAUAUUUUUUUGUUUAUUGAUUAUGAUAAUUUUGUGGUACUGGUACUUGGGCAUUUUUAUUUUAUACUACUCUAUACAGUACUUCUACACCACAACAUUUCAGAGGGAAAUAUUGUACUUUAAUAAUUACUUUUCAGAUCAAGGUUUUACACACAAAAUCAGUUUAUAAAAUCUGAUGCAUUGUUAUAGAUUUGCAUCGAGCUUGCAUGUUAAUGCAUUAAUAAUAAUGAUCAACGGGGAGGGCAUUCUGCAUCACUUUUACAUUGAGCAUAUUUUGUUGCUUAUGUACUAUUGUGUAAAACACAGGAGUUUUACUUAUAAUGGAAUAUUUUUUAUAAUGUGUUGAAUACUAUUUCCACCAUUGCAUUUAAACAAUCAUUGUAAAAAAAAUAAAAAAUAAAUCUCUGUAAAAUGUGAUUUAA